AAAACUAAGUAAACAGUGGCGAGCGAAUCGCAGUUGGGCUAGGGCAGGCAAGCCAAGUUGCUUUCCCGGUCAGCGGUCUCCUCUUGUGAGUUGCGCUCUCAUUGCGGCGGGUCAGUUGCCGCUUGCCGGUCUCAUCUCUCCAGUCGUCUGUUGGAAGAGCUCGAACGCCUCCAGAGCAGGAGCAGCCUGUCAACUGUGUUAGUGAAUAAGUUUCAAAAAGCUUCGAAAACUUUCAGUUUAUAGUACUGCUGCAGUUGGGAAUAGUGAUUUGAGAAAUUGAACCGGUGAUCUUUCAAUACCGAGCGCACAGACAACACUAAUGAUGGGAAGCAGAGCGGAAACUGACGUGUUGACAACAGACGGCUUCAUCAGGGAGCCGCUGUCGUGGGCAUACAACAAGGACGACAUAUGCAGCAGCAGCAGCAGCGACAAUGCAGCGAUGCAUACGCGCCGAGCAUCCGAGGGCAUUCUGAUCGACGGCGACGCUGAAGACAAGAAGUGGCUGCAGUCACCGCCGCGGAGGUGCAGUCUGGGCUCUGGUGGGAGGGGGGGUGACGCGGUCUGGGCCCACGAGGGGGGGAGUGCCGGGCCGCACCGGAGGGGCUACAUCGUGUUCGGCGACCAGGCCAGCUGUCAGUUGCACUUCUGCAGCGAAACCGACAUGAAGACCGAAACCGGCAACUGGAUUCAGCUGGGCCAGCAGGUGCUCAAACUCGAGGACCAGGCCCAGGUGCCUGAGCACAUCGAGCACAAGGCCCAUGAGGAGCUUGGCGAAACACCCGAAGUCAGGAAGGAAUCGCUGCAUCAGCUCAAGUGCAUGCUCGACAAGGAAAGAGAAGAACAUGGACUGAUCUCUCCCUCGGACAAUGAUUUGAUUCUCCUUUCUUAUCUGAGAGCUGCACAUUUCAACCUGGAUGGCGCAUACAAAAAGAUGACAGAUUACUACAGAUUCAAGCAGAAGCACUUGGAUUAUUGUGGGAACCUCUUGCCGCAGAAUGAGUGCAGAGCGUUCCAAAACAAUCUGCUGACUGUUCUCCCCAACAGAGACAAGCACGGAAGGAGGAUACUAGUUGUGCAGGCUGGAAAGACAUGGGAUCCAAGCGCAUGCAGUGUGAAAGAGUUGGUGAGAGGAGUGAUGAUGAUAGUGAAGGCAGCCAUUUUGGAGCCGGUCACUCAGAUAUCGGGAGCCAUCGUCAUAAUAGACGUCAAGGAGCUGGGCUACACACAAAUGAAACACCUCAUCUCCUUAUCUUUGGCUGAGAUGCUUGUUCAUUGGGUUCAGGAUUGCUUCCCCACAAGAUUGAAGGCAAUUCACGUUGUGAAUAUCAACGCUUUGUUUGGGAUGGUCUUGAAUGUGUUCAAGAAAUUUUUAAAUGAGAAGUUCCAGAAGAGGGUUAUUGUACAUAACAAGCCAGACACACUGGGUAUUGAGAAGGAUCUGCUACCUAAGGAGUUAGGAGGAACGAUAUUGGAACUACCAGAAAAUCACGGAAUGCUCCUCCACAAGCUGCUAUGCAUGUACCAGGAUAAAUAUGAACAGGUGAGCAAAUGUGGAUACCCAAAAGAUUCAGAGAAGAAGGAGAGGAGAGGAUGGUUCUGAGGUUGGCAGAUCGUGACAUUGAGGAGUUCAUCUAUAAGAAAUGCAACCACUAUGACAGUCAUAGGUUAGGAUGAGAGGCCAUUGUAAUUAUCGCAUCAUUGAAUGUCUAGUAUGUAAUUUUUGUGUGUAAAUGUAAUAUUUUGUACAUAAUUAUAGAGAUGAUGAAUUAUGUAUUAUUUUGUAAAUUAAAUAUGAUGAAUAUUCAUACUCAG